AGUGUCCAAAUAGGGAUUGCAUGUGUUGUUGCCUUUUGAUUGCGUCGACUUAUUCGCUCCUUUAACUUGUAACCACACAACCUUUCUUGCACCUUUCAUUUUCGCUGCUAGCUAGCUGCUAUAUUCAAUUAAAUACCAGGCCACCAUCACUUUCCUUCACUACACCACAUCUAAAACAGAACUGCGAUAUGGCGAAAGACUACGUAGAACCACCACCAGCUCCGCUGUUUGAUAUAGCAGAGCUGACGAAUUGGUCUUUCUACAGAGCUCUGAUUGCUGAAUUUAUUGCAACGCUUCUUUUCCUCUACAUUAGCGUUGCUACUGUUAUUGGCCACAAGAAACAAGUUGGUCCAUGCGAGGGCGUUGGACUUCUUGGUAUUGCAUGGGCUUUUGGUGGCAUGAUUUUUGUCGUUGUCUAUUGCACUGCCGGGAUUUCUGGUGGGCAUAUAAAUCCAGCAGUGACAUUUGGGCUAUUACUAGCAAGGAAGGUGUCAUUAAUAAGAGCAGUGGCGUACAUGAUGGUGCAAUGCUUAGGAGCCGUAUGCGGCGUGGGUAUAGUUAAAGGGUUGAUGAAGCAUGACUAUAACAGGCAGGGCGGCGGUGCUAAUACCGUCGCAGAUGGCUACUCAAGGGGCGUAGCAUUGGGUGCUGAGAUCGUUGGCACUUUCGUACUAAUGUAUACCGUAUUCUCCGCUACCGACGCCAAAAGCAAAGCACGUGACUCCCACAUCCCCGUACUAGCACCAUUGCCAAUUGGAUUCUCAGUGUUUAUGGUUCACCUAGCCACCAUUCCCAUCACUGGCACUGGCAUCAAUCCUGCUAGGAGUUUUGGAGCUGCUGUCAUUUACAACGAUAAAACAGCUUGGAAUGACCACUGGAUCUUCUGGGUCGGACCCCUUGCGGGAGCAAUGGCUGCAUAUAUCUAUCACCAACAAGUUCUUCGAGCUCACGCAGCCAAAGCAGCUUUGCACUCCUACUACAGCGAGCCCAAUUUGAAUUAAGUCUAACCAUUAAUAAUGCUAUCUAUCCAGCAUAAUGGUAGAGCUAAAGUAGUGAUAAUCAUUCUUGUGUGGCCUUGAAUUCCUUCUGUUGUCUCUCAAUUUGUGUGGCGUGUAAAAUAUCAAACUCAUUUUGGAUCUAUCAAUGUUUUCUGGAUUUUUCUUC